CUCAGAAACCCCAAUUUGUGGGAGAUAGUUGCGCCAAUUCUUGGGUGCACUUCAUCCCACAGUUCCCGCAUUAUCCGCAUCAAAAGAUCGCCAGCUGCUCAGCUGAGAAGCUGCUGCUUGCUGCGAGAAGUGAAUGGCCCAAGUGAAUGAUCUCCUCGCUUUCGUGGUGCUGCGAAGCUUUUGGAUUUGCUGUCAUGUGGCCACCGCCGCGUUUCUCAUCUCGUUAAGGGCGAUCUCCUUGAUGCUAGGCCCACACCAAGCUCCUCCUUUGCGACGCUUGCCUUCGCCAUCCCGUGAGACGAUGGGUGCGUUGCUGGAAACGUUGCCGAUCGUGACUUUGCCCGAGCGCUUCGCCGAGGGCUUUGUUUUGUCCUUCGCUCCUUGUAGCAACCUUUGUCUCUACAUGCUGGGCGCGGCCGCCUGCCUGCAGCGUGCCAGCAACUUCCAGAGCGUCAAGCCAGGACUCGUUUUCAAGGGUGUGUCCUCGGGCGCAUUGGUUGCUGCCUUGCUGGCCAUGGGCUCUAAUGUGCCACAGCUCUUCGAGGAGUGUUUGGGCCUUUUGGCCACUCUAAACCAUCGCCGUGGUGGCUGGCUGGGCGCUUAUUCCACCACCAUCCGCCAGAUUUUGCGCCAUGCCACCAGCGCGAGCGUGUCUGUGGAGCCGGGAACUUUGCAGGUGGGGGUCACGGCGUUCGACGUGGCGCCGCAGUUGAAGGAGAUCAAAGACUUUCAAAGCGCCAAGGAUGUGGAGGAGACUGUGCUGGCUUCGUGCUACAUCCCAGUGGUUUGGGAGGAGCCUAUUUGGCUGAAGGACUUGGGUCCUUGUCUGGAUGGGGGCCCGUUUGGCUUCUUGAUCGAUGGCGAUGUCGUCUUCAGCCCAUACCAUUCCAACGUGCCUGACGUGGGCCCUGCUGAAGAAUAUCCCCGCACUUUGGUGUUUCAGCCCGUGGAUGCUCAAGACAUGCUCCGGCUCUUCGAGGAUGGCUACCGCCACUGCGUCUCCUGGAUCCAGCAGGGCUGCCCCUCCCGGCGCUCCGAGCGCCAAGCUGUUUGGGCGGAGCCGGGCAGUGGAAGCCCCAAGACGCUGGUGAUGGAAGGGUGGAAGACGCUGCGGGAGUUGGUGGCAUAGUAUGGCAUUAUAGGAAGAAGUGGAGUGAUGAGGAGUGGAAGGACGCUUGUCCUUUUUAAGAUGCUCCUCCACGCCUCUUCAAAUCAAGACGUGCAGCACAUUUUCCCGUGGGCAAAAAAACUGCCCGUUGCACGCUCUGAAUUGCUUGAGAAGAAAGGAGCUGAGGAGUAGUGCAGUUGGGUUUGCUCCCCAACAAUUUUUAAACGCAGUGAAUUCUACAACAACGUUUGUCAUGUUUGUCACAGUCUGCUGCAUUUGUUCCAGUUCCCUCAUCAUCGC